ACAUGCCUACAAAUCACACAACACAUAAAACACACAGGCACAGACACACACACACACGCACACACAGGCGCUGGUUCUCCGUCUGCCUGAGUGGUUUCGGAGUGGAGUUCUGCCGGUGAUGGAGUCCGGUGGUGGUGGUGGAGGUGGUGUAGGUGCCGGUGAGGGUCUGGAGAAGUUCCGCUACUUCUGCCGCGACGACUUCGAAGGCGACUGGGCAAAGGUGUCCGAGCGCAGCUCCGGACGAGUGUACCGCGUCAAGCUCAAGCUGUGGAGGGAGAGGUGCGCACUCAAGUGCCUCUCCUCCACCAGCUGCUACAGGGAGCUGGUGGAGGAGGCAUCCCGACUGGGGAAGGUGAAGUUCAACUACGUGACGUCGGUGUAUGGCGUGUGCAAGGAGCCUCCGGCCCUCGUGAUGGAGUUCAUGAGCAAAGGCUCCCUGGAUGCCCUGCUCUCCAGCCACACGCUCAUGUGGCCAAAGAAGUUCCAGAUGGCCCACGAGGUGGUCAUGGGCAUGAACUUCCUGCACAGCAUGGAGCCUCCCCUACUCCACCUCAACCUGAAGCCCGCCAACAUCCUGCUGGACGGACACCUGCACGUCAAGGUUUCAGACUUUGGUCUGGUCCGAUGGAAUGGCUGUUCUGGCACGUCGUUCAUGGAGCAUCUGACAGCUCGUGGGAACAUCAACUACAUCCCACCAGAGACCUUCAGCCCGAACCCAGAACCCCCCAUGACCAAAUUCGAUGUCUACAGUUUCGCUAUAGUCCUGUGGGAGAUCUUGACACAGAAGAAACCAUAUGCUGGGGCCAACAUGACAGAAGUCAUCAUUCGCGUGUCGUCGGGGAAGCGUCCGAGUGUGGAGCGUAUCCCUGACGACAGGCCCUUGGAGUGCAAGGACAUGCUGGACAUCAUGCAGCUCUGCUGGCGGCCCAGACCAACAGAGAGGCCCGCCUUCUCAGACAUUAUUACUCAGACAGAGAUCCUGAGUGAGGUGCUGAGGCUCCCUGAGAUUCGGCCAAAAGAACAGGCCACUACAAUAAAAUACACAGAAGUGAUGCCAACAAGCCCCAAAUCCCCAGACGUUCCCUUGGCUGACGACGGUAGCCAAGGUGACGAUGACAACGGCGCCUUGUACUUCCUGUCCAAGAGGCAGUUCGACAAGUUCCGCGGCAGCGUGUGCAGGGAGCACGUCUCCAUGAGCUUCAAGGAGGACAACUCUCUGCUCCACUACGCCGUGGCCAGCGCCGAUGUGGACAGCGUACGGAGCGUGCUCGGACUAGGCGCCGACGUCAACACCCAGAGUCGCCGCGGUUACACCCCCUUGAUCGUGGCCGUGCUUCAACGCCUCCACGACAUCUGCUCCCUGCUAAUUGAACACAACGCAGACGUGACGCUCGGGGACGAAGACGGGUGGACGGCGUUGCACUUUGCGGCUCAGAACGGGGACGAGCGGUCGGCCAGGCUGCUGCUGGAGCAUGGGGCUCGGGAGGACGCGGCGGACAAGGACGACUGGACGCCCCUGCACCUGGCCGCCCAGAACGGGCACGAGGGGGUGACGCGGGUCCUCCUAGCCCGCAUCCCCUUGUCCGCUACAGCCAACUCCACCACUGCCACCACUACCUCCGCUACCGUGGAUACCCAAGAGAGACAGCACGGGCGGACCCCGCUCCACCUGGCCGCCGCUUACGGCCACCUGGGUAUCGCUCAGCUCCUCCUGGGCAAAAAGGCUGACCCCUCCCUGCCCGACCUGACGCGGUCGUCCCCUUUGCACCUGGCCGUGGAGGAGGGCCGCGUGCGGAUGGUGAGGCUGCUGGUGGAACGUGGGGCGCAGGUGGGCGCCAGCGACGGGCGCGGACACACUCCCUUACACCUCGCCGCCUUACGAGGACACACAGGCAUCUGUCGGUACUUGUUAGGACGAGACGACGGGGUGGGCGUAAACGCUCGGACUGACCAGGGCUGGACGCCGCUGCACCUGGCGGCCAGGCGCGGCCACGCCGACACCCUAUUGGCUCUGGAGGCCCAGGGGGCGGGGCUGGACGUGCGGGGGGCGGAGAGUUGGACGGCGCUGCACCUGGCGUGUCAUCACUCGCAGGAGGAGGUGGUGACGAGGCUGCUGGCGGCGGGCGCGGAUCCCAAUCUGGCCGAGGACGCCAGUUGGACGCCGCUGCAUCUGGCGGCACGUUCCGGAAGCUUCCCCAGCGUCCUGCAGCUGCUGUCGCGACAUGCUGACGUCAACGCUAGGAACAACGCCCAGGCCACGCCUCUACACAUGGCUGCGCAGAGUGGCUCGGCCUCCAUUGUCAGAGCGCUGCUGCUCAACAGCGCUGACUGCAGCGCCAGAGACACACGCGGGCACACACCCGCACACAUCGCACGCACCAGUGGGCACACCGAGGCGGCCAAGCUACUGGCAAAGGAUGGGGAUGGAUAGUACACACAAACACGUGUGUGCACACAUACAAACAC